AUAAGUGACAACCUAAGAUUAUUGACAACUGUGAUGACAACGUACUCAAAUAAACAGUAACCUGUGGUGGUGUUCAAUCCCAAUGAAUAAGAUCACAGUUUAAUAAAUACAAUUGUAAUGAAUUAAUUAAUAAUGGCUUGGUUGCAAAAUUUAGCUGGUCGAGCUGAAGACCUCUUAAAUAAAAUUGAUCAAAACGCAGCAACCGUUUUAAACGAAGCCACUUCUAAAAUUAAUGAAGUGAAAGAAAACUCCCAACAAGAAUUUAUAAAUGAAGUAUUUAUAAAUAAAGAAAAAGAAAAUGGUAAAAGUAAAUCAAGUAAUAGUUCAUAUACUACAUCCCACCGUAAUUCUAGUUUUCAAAAUUCACCAAAAAAAGAGCAUAGUCCAGUUUUAGAAACAAGAAAUGUGUUUAUAGAUUCUGAUAUACCAACCACUAUAAAUGAACCCUUGAAACAAACAAAUAGUAUUAUAGUUGAUGAUAGUGCAAUAGAUGAAUCAGUGAAAAGUUCUGUAAAAAGUGAUAAAAUGUCAUCAUCAAGCUCAAUACACAACAGUUUUAUUUUAGCAGAAGAAACCCAAUUAUUACAUGAAAGAAUUGCCAAAUUAGAAUUAGAAAAUCAGGAUCUUAACAAACAAUUAUUGAAUAUGCAACAUUUAUAUUCAGAUCUGAGAAAUGAAAACUCCAACCUAAGGUUUCAAAUAGAAAGAGCAAAUGAGCAAGUUGCGGAAGCCCAAAUUGAGAAAGAUCAAUAUAUUGCUAGAGCUCAAAGAAUUUUACAAGAAAAAGAAAGACUAAUAUCAUUAAAGCAGCAAAACAAUUCUGAUGAAAAUGUUGAAAAUAUUUUCACAACUUACAAUGAGGAAUUAAAGAGAGAAUUGGAGUUUCAACAAAAUAAGUCAGAGGAACUUUCUCAAAGAAAUUCACAAUUGUUAAAAGAGAUACAAUCAUUACAAAUGCAACAUCAAAUAAUUCAAAAUGGCUUGCAAUCAACAAAUCAAAGCCUUGAACAAACCUUGGCGAAUGAAAAAAAGAUUAGAGCAAUUGCUGAAGAAGAUUGUCUACAAAAAACAAAUGAAGUGUAUAAAGCAUAUCAAGAGAUUAAUUUCUUACAGCAACUAUUGAAAACAAAAACUAAUGAAAUCAUGAGUUUACAAGAAGCUCUUAAAACUAAAAACAAUGUGGUUGUCAAUGAAGAUAUUGAAUCUAGAAUCAAAUCAUUAACACAAACUUUGAUGUUGAAGCAAAAUAAUCUGGAAACUGUAACAACUGAAAGAAAUGCUCUGAGACUACAAAUUGAAAAAUUAGAAAAUGAAUAUAAGAAAAAUUUGGCCCAGAUAAACAGAACUCAAGCUAAGAUUAUUAAUAUAACAGAACCAGAUGAUUCAAUACCUGUUCCAAAAUUCAUGCGAGUAUCUCCAUUUGAUGCAGGUGUAACUCGUAGAGUAAAACAUGCAUAUUCUACUCUGGAUGCUGUUAGUAUCCGAACUGGUAUAUUUCUUAGGAGAUAUCCCGUAGCUCGAGUAUUUGUAUUUUGUUAUAUGGUGUUAUUACAUAUAUGGGUACUAGUUAUCCUUUUCUUGUAUGCACCAAGCAAUCGCUAGGAAUUCUCAUGAAGUUUUUAACAAAAUGUGAAAUAAUUUAUUUUAAUAAAUGUACAGGUUAAUCAAUA